GACGGCCACGACAGCUCGCUCAGCGGCGCCCCGUCUGCGCACACGCGGUGACCACAAAAGCCAAGAGAAGUCAAAAAGAACGCUCGCUGAGGAUAGUCUUCCAGCGAUGGACAGCAUCAGGAGCUACUUGGCGGUAAGAAGAGUCCGUUGGCCCUGGACGAGGAGGGAAGACCCACCGAAUGAGUCCAGCCCGCUCAUACCGAAGGGGGACGCCGAGCUCCGCCAAGUGGGCACGAGCGACGAACACGAGGGCAGAUUCAAAGAGCUCCGCCCGCGCCGCGGCUCUUCUUUUAUCGACUACUUCCUCAAGUAUCUCCUGGUUCUGAGCAACCUGACGUUCUCGGUCCUGGGCCUGCUUCUUCUGGCCUCGGGGAUGUGGGGCCUCAUCGGCAAAGAGUCCUUCGCCCAGGAGAAACUCGGAAGCAUCGGCACCGACCCGAUGCUGCUGCUGGUGACUCUGGGCCUCCUGCUCGCCACGCUCUGCCUGACGGGCUGCGUGGGCGCCUUGCGGGAAAACUCCUUCCUGCUAAAGCUGUUCUCCGGAAUGCUGCUGGCGCUGAUCGCGGCCCAGAUUUUGGGCGCGGCGCUGGUGUACAAUAUGCGGCGAGAGUUCGCAAACGCGCUGCGCUCGGGCACGCUGGCCGCCAUGGCUCGCUACCAAGACGACCUGGAUCUCAGGUUCAUCACCGAUGAGAUCCAGUCCAAUCUGCGGUGCUGUGGGGCGGAUUCUUAUCGUGACUGGGAGAUCAACGUAUACUACAACUGCUCUUCUCCAGGAGUUCUGGCCUGCGGCGUUCCGGCCACGUGCUGCGUUGAGCCGCCGGACAACAGCACCGUCUGGAACUCUCAGUGCGGCCUGGGCGCCCGAGCGCUGGACGAGUUCAGCGCCCAGAGCGUGAUCUUCCUCGGAGGCUGCCUGGGGAACAUCUGGCGGUGGCUGGAGCAGCAGGAGCGCUCGAUCGGGACCGUGGCGCUGGUCCUACUGGGAGUGCAGAUCCUGACUGCGCUUGUCACCACGCGACUCCAACGGAGGAUCCGCUGGCAUCAAGUUUACAAGUAGCGGGACGGGAAUGCGGAUGUUUGACGGGGGCCGAUGAUGAAGGAGUGACUUUCUUUGCAUCAAGUGUGAAAUUUGACAACAAAACAUUUUUUGCUGAGCUGCCUUUUUCUGCAAAGCGUCCGUUCAGAUCGUGGCCCCUUAUUUCUCCACCCGUCAGCGAUGAAAUUUAUUGAAAUGCAAUAACGUAGUUAAGCACAUCUGAGGUUGCCAAUUACAAUCAGUGCAAUCUUUGCAUGUUGUCUCUGUGCUUGUGCGGAAAGUCGACUUCCCCAUUUUGCCGGCUCUUUUACAGCAUUGUCGCUCAUCUUUCAAGACACAGUAUCGUGUUCUGCGGCAAAGGAACUCCUGAAAUGACCAAAAGAAAGCGUAUCCUUUCUUUCACCUUAAAAAAAAAAGUUUGUUUCUACCCUUAUAUGUUCUUUAGUAAUCAGGAGAACAUGUAUUAGUUUCACCAAAAACACCCAUUUCUGUUCUAAAAGCGGAGAAAACUGAGCUUUUUAGCGAAAGAAACAUCAAGCAGAACGGUGACUUUGAGGCUACACAAACUAUUAAACAACCAAAACAAGUCUGGGAAAUGGCUCGUGAUGGCAAAAUGAUCAUUUAUAUACAGACGCGUAUCCUAUGAAACACGCCAUGAGCGCCACUGACUCCCUGCGUGGCUUGAAUUGAACGGAACGCAAUUUGCUUUCAGAAAAAGACAUCAUUGUGGCGCCGAUACAUGAGAACAGCUUGAAAAUAAACAGCACAUUUGCAAACAACACCAUCAAAUGCGCACGUUCUUUGAUUUAAAAACAAACAAAAUCAAUCCUUGUGUCUUGUUUUGGUUUCAAUCCCUGGAUUUGAAAGACAAAUUCCUCGAGUGUGGAGUCAUACGAUGACAUAUUGAGCCAGUAUGUAUGGAAAUAUAUAUGUACAUGAUGUUGUAAUCCCACCCCACUGUCACGUGACAUACAGUAAGAUAUUGUAACAUACAGUACAGUUAUCCUUAUGAUGUAUUUAGUGUCUCAUUCCGGCCCCUAAAAUACAAACAGAAUAGUCAGUCUCUCCUUUAUGGGUUUUGCACUUUUGUUUACUGAGGCGUGUAUUUGAUAAUUCAAGAGGUAUUUGCGCUGAGUAAUAUUCCACAUGCAAACGACGCAGGCUGCGGCAGGUGUUUGUCACAUGUUGCGCACGCACGGCACAACGAUGCCGAAUGAGAUGUUCACAGCUUAUAAUAGUCUGAUUAACUUUUUUUUAUUUUUAUUUUAGAGAUGAAGUAAUUGAAUUGGUGCAUAAAAUCCAGUCGCUAUUCAAAUACCAAGAUAAAGACACCUGCGAAUGAUUUGUUGUGUACAAUUCGCUGUGUUGAGCCAAGUGUUUCAGUUGUGUGAAAACGGUUCACAUUUUCCAGUUAGAAACAAAACUAAUAAAUUG